AUGGACUGGGCCGACGAUGGUCGAUUUACUCAUUCCAGGUUUUCAAAUUUGGAGUGGUGGGACGGAUUGAAAUAUGUCAUCGACACAGUUCAAGCAAUAUACAAGUUCCUUCGCUUCGCUGAUCAGGACAAGCGGCCCAACAUGUGCGAAGUCGUGAUGUCGUACCAGAAUACGAGACAGGAGCUGCAAUCUUUCUUUGGAAAUAAUGUUUCCACUCGGGACGAGUAUCUUAAGGUUAUGGACGAUAGGAUGCGUGACCUUUUCAUAGGCACGUAUGUGGGUCCAGCUGCUGUCCUAAAUCCGAGGUAUUCAUACACGAUGGAACCAACUCAAGAAAUGUUCCGUGGACUCAAGGAUACUUUUGAGCGCAUGACGGAUGUCCAGAGCGCCGUGCAGGCAUUGCAGGAGCUUGAGGUGUUUCGGCAGAAGGUUGGCGAGUUUGGCAGUGAAAUGGCAAUGAGAAUGGCGAUGGAUCCAAAGACAUCCCCAUCGUCCUGGUGGAUGAUGUUCGGAUCAAGCACUCCAAAGCUGCAGUAUCUUGCCAUGCGAGGAGGUCUCCGGCCCACCGAUACAUGA